CAAAAGAAGAAUGCCGCAUAUUUAUUUUCAUCUUCGCGCGUAACACAGGAUUCCCUGACUGAGAGUAAAGAAACGCCGUUAAAAAAGAGAUUAUAUACGAAAAGCCUCUUUAGAAAUCGAAACAGAAGUCAUUUAAGCAAGUCUGUUUGUGAAUAUAACGGUAUUCAACAAACUUUCAAUCCGAAAAACCAAACAACGCAGGAGAUAAUAUUUUAUUCCUCGAGAUACUAUGAACUCUCCUGUGUCUGACAAUAGAGGCAGAACCUUGGCUUCAGGUGGAGAUUUCACCAACGUCAUGAAGCAUUCCAGAAAACCAGAGACUAGGUUUCCAACGCGUCGAGAUCAGUUGGACGAAAACAUCAUUCCCUCCUUUCAGACACAACCAAACGGUUUGAAAAAAAAAGAAGAUGCUUGUACCGAGUAUGAGCGUGCCAUCCAAGCUAUGGUUGAGAAAGCCAUUGCCGAAGAAGCUUCAGGCGAACGAUAUCCUUCUUAUAAAGGUUUAGAAGACUAUACCCUAUUAUCCAAAACCGGUGAUGGCGCCUUUAGUAAUGUGUAUAAAGCUAUCCACAACAUCACCGGUGAAAAAGUUGCCAUCAAAGCUGUUCAACGGGCUCGACCCGUUGAUCCCACUAAUCCAGGUCGUCGUCAAGGCGUCGAGUCUCACAAUAUUUUAAAAGAGAUUCAAUUAAUGCGUCGUAUUCAACAUCCAAACGUAAUUCAGCUUCUGGAUUUUAUCCAGACUCCCGAAUACUUUUUCCUCAUUCUUGAAUUAGCUGAGGGCGGUGAGCUAUUUCAUCAAAUCGUGCAUUUUACAUAUUUUUCAGAAGAGCUAGCUCGUCAUGUAAUUUUACAAACUGCACACGCUAUUCGUUAUCUCCACGAAGAAUGUGGUAUAGUGCAUCGCGAUAUUAAGCCAGAGAAUUUGCUCUUUGACCCAAUUGAUUUUAUUCCGUCAAAAGUGAGAAAGUACCGUGCUGGUGAUGAUCCAGACAAGGUUGAUGAGGGAGAAUUUCGCCCAGGAGUCGGUGGUGGUACAAUUGGUCGAAUUCGUUUGGCAGAUUUUGGACUCAGUAAAGUUAUAUGGGACUCUCACACCCAAACUCCAUGUGGAACAAUGGGAUAUACGGCUCCUGAAAUCGUACGCGAUGGGAAGUAUUCCAAAAGUGUCGAUAUGUGGGCCUUAGGUUGUGUACUGUACACCAUUCUUUGUGGUUUCCCUCCUUUUUAUGAUGAAAGCAUUUCUUCUCUCACUAAAAAGGUUGCCCAUGGACAAUACACCUUUUUGUCUCCAUGGUGGGACGAUAUCUCAAAGAGCGCCAAGGAUUUAGUAAGUCAUUUGCUGACAGUAGAUCCAGAUUCCCGCUAUGAUAUUCAUCAGUUUUUAUCACAUCCUUGGAUAACUCAAUCCGAGGAGCCUACAUUCCCUGCUAGUGAUGCUCCUCCUAUUAAAAGUGAAAGUCCGUUUUCCUAUGAUGUUGCCACAUUUGCUGACGAUGAAAUACCUUCUGCUCGUACACCAGGCGUUAAUUCUUUGCGUGAGGUAUUCAAUAUAUCGUAUGCCGCUCACCGGAUGGAGCAAGAAAGAUUGCGAAAGCGGGCCUUUGGUGGUAAUCAAGGAAUGGCGAAUUUCUAUGGGACUAUGAACGAUCUAAUUGAAGAAGAGGGUGAGUAUGACUCUGCAACUUCGAAUGUUGAGCAUGCCCUAAAACGAAUCGAUAUUGCAAAUUCCCCACAUCCACGGUCACCAAAUGCACCAUCAUUGCCUCAGCAGAAACAAAGAAAACAACGCAGUAAUGCGUUUAAAGGAUUUCAGUUAAAUCUUUCUAACGCUACCCUGUACAAUCGAAGACAUAAACUCUGAGCUUUCACAAAAAAAAAAGAAACAUUUUGAAUUAUUGUGUAUAAGGAUGCCCUUUGAUCAUUUACACAUGGAACGAGCGUUCUACUAUAGUGGUUUCUCUGUUUUUUGUUUCAUUUGCUUACGAUUAAGAAUCUGUUAAUGUUGGCCUUGCUGAAAUAAAAGUGAACAAAAAAGGCAUGAAACUUCAUGGUUGUAGGAUUCCUACCUGUUUGUUUAUUUAUUAUUUAAUAAUUUUCUUUAUUUCGGUUACUUUUUCUUUUUUUUUUAGGACUCCCACUGGGUUAUGACGACCGUUAAAUUCUUUGUUUAUCGCUAAUGAUGUUGAAGAUCAAAAAAUUUCUUUGUUAAUUUGCAAAUGUAUAUUAUCCGUUCGUAAUAGCCAUUUGCGAAGAAAGUUUUUUAGAAAUCACCGACACUUGGUUUAAGGCAGAUGGUACGGUUCUUGCGGUUUUUCUUUGUCAAAAGCUUGUAACCAUAUAGGCUGUUAUUGGGAUAGUAAAGCAACAAUGCUUGAAGUAGGUUUUGCUACGAUGUUAGAUGAUAUGUUUAUAUUUUGCUAAUAAAAAUUUCUUCCUUUUAUGCUUCA